AUGAGAGCGCUCAGAGCUCUCUGCCCAUGCUUGGGUUCCCAGUCCAGACCUGCGCGUUCUGAGGACGGAGGCAGGGCGACGGGGACCGUCCCCGCGACCAUCACUACCUUUGUGGCCGUCGGGACUUCUCUGCUAAAGCGGCUGCAAGACCAUGAGGGUGACCGAGUGGAGACAUCGGAGCUGGAGAGCGUCUUGCAAGGAGAUGCCGGCUGUGACGAGCGUGUCGUGAACCGCCUGAUAGCAGAGGCGUCCAGGGACAUGCGAGCAGCCCAGGUGAGCUUGUUCUCUUUAAGACUGGCUGCUAGUGACGUCCUGGUGGCUCUGGCCCGCUCCCACUUCCACUUUGUCAUGUCCGAGCUCCAGAGCCACCUGAAGGCCAUGGGGAAGGUCCCUGAUGAGGUUGUGCUCCUCACCUUGGGCAAAAUGGCCCGCAGCUACGCCCUGCGGUGCAUCCCCUUCGUGGGAAUGACGCUGCUCGCCCUGCGCGCCAUGCUGAGCCGGGUGAGGAGCGGCCGGAUCCUGCGUGCCGUCUGCAGUGUUCUGGAGCAAUGGUCAAAAGGAGUCAAUACGUACUUCUGCAACCGGGAGCAAUGCCCCUUCCCUCGCAAGGGGGUAGCACAGUUCUGUGAAGCCAUUUACCCGGUCUUCCGCUAUGCAGUGGUAAAUUGGCUGGAGUGCAAGGAGGAAGAGGACAAGCAGGCUGUCCUGGGGGCGGUGGCUGCCAUGAUGGGGGUCCUUCUGCAUGAGGAGCAGCACCGAGAGCAUGCCUGGGAGCAGCUCCUCUGGCUCGUGCACCAGUAUCAGGAGGUCCGAGACACUUCCCGGGUCACCAAGCUCUCUGACGUGACCAAGGAGCCUGCCCGGCCCAUAAGCAGUGCUGUCCCACUGCAUGGUGCUGCAGUGGCAGGAGGCCUUUUUGCCUGGGAAACCCAGGAGGAUGGAGCUCUUCGAGCCCUGUGCGUGGACAUCCUGGGCUCGCUGGAUGUCUCUCGGAGGGGGAUGACCAAACGCACAAGGCUCAGGGAAACGCAGACCAUCCUUUUCGUCUUCGAGCUCAGUGGCAAUGCCAAUGUGGCGAAUUGCCCGGUUCUUCUCUGCAGCUCCUUGGCCGAGGCUGCUGCAGAAAAACUGAGAGCUCCCUGGACUCUGCCGAGUGGGAACACCGUUGUACUUAAGUUCCUGCAAGCGUCACUGGAGCCCAUCGAGGACAAGGCCUGGACCCUAGGCCUGAGCCAGGAGCUGAGCCAGCAGCUGGGCAGCUCUGCUGCCGGCUCCUGGGAGAAGUUUUUCCUCUACAAGGCUCUUGGGACGACGCUGGCAGCUUGUCGGGACCUCAGACACGUCCAAGGGCAGGUGCUGAGGUUCCUCCAGGAGACAAACCCUGUGGAGCUGUCGGAGGCCCAGGGAAUGAUUUCUGUUGUGUCCCACGCUGCCGAGAGACACUUCCACCUGGUCUUGGACACGAUGACUAUGUUCUCUGCUGCCUUCACCAGAGGCUGGUUCUAUCAGACUUCCAUGGGAUGGAAGCGCAUUGCGCUGCAUGCCCCCAAGGAGCAGCUGCUGACCCGUGUGGAUAAAGAAAUCAUGGGCAACAUCCUGCGGCUCUCCAGAGCCAAACAGAGGGACUUGCACCUCAAGCUCGCCCUGGUGCAGAGCAUCACCGAGGUCAGCUGUGCCAUCCAGGCUGUGGGCGACUGCGGCAGCUUUGAGCUCUCCUUAAAGCAGGAGGCGACGCGGACCCUGCUGGACUGGAUAAAGGGGGAGCCCUGGGACUCCCUGGUGUAUGGAGUGUUUCACGCCCUGGAGAAGUUGAGCAAGCUGAGGCCACCUCUGAGCAGGGAGGAAAACCGCAAGCUGCUGGCAGUGUGCUGCCAGAGCGUCUUGUCCUAUCCUUCCGAGGAGCAGAUGAAAAAGGGAAGGAAGACAGUGAGGGCAGCUGUGAACAUGCAGGUACCCACCGGCCAGUGCCUGCCCCCUCUGGCUCAGGAUCCCCCCUCAGUGCACCCUGGCAGCCCCAUGCUGCAGAACCUCAGCUCUCCUUUGCUGCUUUUAGCUUCUGCACAGAGAGGCAUGGAAGAUCUGGGCCAGCUCACAGAAAGCCUUCUGGAGGCAGAGGCGACCUGCUUUGACGACGUGGUCCACAGAGGAUGUCCUUGCAAGCAGUUUGGCUCGCUGGUGGGACUGCUGGGGUCUCUGACCAGCGACUGCCUGGCCACGUCCCAACAGAGGGCAUGGCUCUGCCUUGGCUACCUUCUCCAAAUGCAAGCCAAGACCAUGAAGGUGGUGCCUCAGGCACAUGAGAUCAGGUGCCUUUGUGAGGAGCUGAACAGCCCAGACACCGAGACUCUGCUGGAGACAGGCACCAAAAUAGCAAAGGUGCCAAAAAUCCUCAACACCCUUUACGCCUACAUGCAGCAGAGCACCCACAGGCCCUUCCUGCUCCGUGCAGUGUUUCUCCUCGCCCAGUUUCACCAGGAGCCCGUGAUCAGCAGUCUCCUCCAGAAAGGUCUGCCCAUGGACAGUGACACGGUGGAGCUGUGGAGGAGCCUGGGGAGAAGCAUCUUUGGGAUUCAGAUCCUGAGGUGCUUAGUGGAGAAACUAAACAGGGCAGGAAACGACCGCCUGGGACUGACUCCUCCACUUGUGAGCGGCACAACCGUCAGACUGCUCUGGAGACUCUGA